AUGUCCACGACAAACAAGCGCAAGCGUGCAAGGAAGGCAUGCAUACCUUGCCACCAACGGAAGCGAAAAUGCGACGGGGAGUAUCCCUGUGGCACGUGCACCACCUACGAAUAUAAUUGCAGAUACGCCGACGACGACACCACCAGCACGGGUGAAAGCUGGCACGCUCCACCCAUAGCCAGGCGCGUCAUUCUUGACGGCGGGGUCACCGGCAAAUCGCGCAGCCCGGACGGCCAACCUCAUGUAGCAAGAGCUCCCCAUGGAGCUGACAGCACGUCGACAAAAAGUUCUGCCAUCGGGGCCGGCAUUUUUGACGUGCAGAAGUCCAGAUACACCGGAGCCUCGGCAGCCAUGGCCUUCCCGCACAUCCUGGGCAUGGCUCUUGGCUCUGACAGCCCUCCCAAAGUCAACUCGUUCGCUUACAACUUUGGGAUCCGCCCCGAGGAGGCUUCCAAUACUUGUGGCUUCCUAGGGAAAAUUAUUUCGGAGGACAACCUCGCCUUCUACUCGAAUGUGUACUUCUCUGCAAUGGGCUCUGUUGGCGACUAUAUGGACCCGAGAAUCUACGCCCAGCGAUGUCGGGAUUAUUAUCAAGGUUCCGCCAGCAACGCGGUCGCCUUUGGUGCCAUAGCGGCUGGCGUCGCCGCUGCUGGGUCCUUCCUAUCCUCAACCAGAUACCCGCGGGAGUCUGACCUGCUGCAGUACUCUAAAGCUAUUCUCGAUGAUCCAGCCUCUAUGCGUACGCUGAGCAUUGACCACAUUAUUGCGUGGGGCCUACGGUUAUUUUAUCUACGGGCCACAACCCGCCCCAGUAACGCCUGGGUCGCGUCGUGCACUCUUAUGCACCUUUGCGAAGUAGUCGGGCUGCACAAGGAAGAGAAUAUCAAAAGGAUGGCGUCUGUCGCCAGCGCCGCUGUUGUUGGGUAUGAUGCGGAUCGACUGAGGCGAAUUUUCUGGUUCUCGUGGGCCGCGCAUCAUAUUCUGUCCUAUGAGUACGAUCGUUCGGCUGUAACAUUUGGGGCCGUGACUUGUCAGGCUAUCAUCCCGAUACCAGGAUCCGUUGUCGAUCAGUUCGUACAAAUAGUCCAGAUCCUCCCAUCUCCCAACUCGCCUUUCCGGCUCGAAUGUCAGCCUCUGACUCCGAGGGAGGAGCUAUUCGAGCGUCUCAAGGCAUUGAGUAAACUCCACGUCAUCCAUCCGUUCCUGGUGGUGACUAAGGCGGACCUUGCGUUUUGUUUCUAUCGACGCAUUUAUCAGCUCAAGGCAGGCAUUACAGACGAGAUAAUCCAACUCGUCAUUGAUAGCGGUAACGACGCAGUAGAAGCGGCUCAGCAGCUAGCCAGCCAGGGCCGUUUAUUGUGGAACGUCAUAGGCAGCGUAUUCCAGUAUGCCUGUGUCUUGUUGGCCAUCGACACGCCGGCCUCCUCCGCUCACAUCCCAGCUGCCUUCAAAGGGUUGGAAAAUCUUGUUAAGGUUGCAGACACAGGACUGACCCGUCAGGCAUUGUCAAUAGCGCGACAUCUUCUCAGCCUCAAUAUAGCAAAGAAGCGAAAGGAGCUUAUCCAGCUAGAAGCUGUCGAUGCGGGCUCCGAACCCUUCCAGGCGCCGCCGGAACCCGAGGCCAACGCCGAUUUGCCAGACAUGGGCUGGGGUGUGGACUGGGAUCAGUUUUUCAUCGAGCCAUAUCCAUCGAUUUUUGGUCUCGACAUCCAGCUGUAG